AUAUAUAGAGGAGACUUUGAAAUUCUGCAUUGAGCCAAGCUUCUUGAGUUUUUCAUCAUAUAUAGCUAGAGAGAGAUAUAUAUAUAGAGAGAGAGAGAGAUGGUGAGAACUCCAUGCUGUGACAAAACAGGAUUGAAGAAAGGCACUUGGACUCCUGAGGAAGACCUGAAGCUUAAAACUUAUAUCGCUAGAUAUGGCUGUUGGAACUGGCGCCAACUUCCCAAGUAUGCAGGACUAGCGAGGUGUGGGAAGAGUUGCAGACUGCGAUGGAUGAAUUACCUACGGCCAAACAUUAAAAGAGGCAUCUUCAGCAAGGAAGAAGAGGAAAUUAUCACCAAAUUACAUGAAUCACUUGGUAACAGAUGGUCUACCAUUGCUACCCAUUUACCAGGAAGAACAGACAAUGAUAUAAAGAACCACUGGCACACCUACCUCAAGAAAUGCUCGAAAAAGAACUCAAUUUCACAUGGAGUAAAACCAAGCUCUAGUACUGAUUCUUCCCAACGCAAAAGCAGUACUCUUGAAAACGGAUCAGACACCAACAAUUGUGAUGCUGUUAACGAAAGCUCCACAUUGUCACAACCAUCAGCAAGUGAAUUUUCUUCAUCGACCUCAUCAGACACCGGAGCAACAAAGUGCACAAACUUUGUGGCGGAAAGUACUGAUGUUGGUCUGUCGGAGAUGUUUGCAGAAAGUGAGAGUUUUUGGAGGGAACCAUUUGUGGCAGACAAUUAUAACUCCCAGAGUGAGUACAUGGCACCAUUGGUCAACCAGGAUUUGCUAUCUCCUGAUUUUGAUGUUACUGGUGAAGAAUUCUUAAGCCUAUAUGGUGUAUACGAUGAACAUAUAAAUGUCUUCAAUUGGUGACAAGACCAAUUGGUGUUUUAAGGAAUGCAUGAUCAAAUGUUCUCGAUCUUAAUUCCUCACUUUUGAGUUUUGACGCAAUAUGUAUGUACAUAAAUGGGGCUAUAAGAAUAUCAUAUUCCAUGCUUAA